AAAUCUAUUAUUUCAUCUACUCUUGUGUUUUUACAUUUUUUACAUUGUAAACGUUGCUAAUUAUUCCAGUUUACAAAAUGCAAAAAGACCUGAAUGUUAAUUACACGUUCAGUUUAACACAAUCGAAGAACAAAUUUUAAAUUGUCUAAUAAAUUUAAUGUUUUCUAACAUUUAAUAUUUCUAUCGUUGGUGCAUACACCUUUAAUGUUUUACAAACAAGAGACAAUCUUAUCAGCACUCGACGAGAAAAAGCAUAUUUAGUUGCUCAUGUUGUUUAGUUCUUUUCGUAUCGCUGCCGUGGUAAGGUUUUACGCACUUAUAACACGAUGUCCCGUUUGUCAUAUACAUACAGAGGUCUUAUUGCUCCAGUAUUAGCUCCUUUCGGUAAUAAUGGAUCUCUUAAUUUGGACAUUAUAUCACAGUAUGCGUCAUAUUUAGCAAAGAAAGGUAUCAAAGGUAUAUUGGUUAAUGGCACAAAUGGUGAAGGAAUGGCAAUGUCUGUUACCGAAAGAAAACUUGUUACUGAAACCUGGGUAAAGGCAGUACAGAAAACAAAGCAACACCUGAUGAUUCAAGUAGGAGGCGCACCUCUUCCUGAUGUUAUCGAACUUGCGAAACACGCAAGUAGUCUGUCAGUGGAUUCUAUACUCUGCUUACCAGAAUUGUACUUCAAGCCUACUACUCCUACACAACUGAUCGAAUACUUGGAAAUAGUUGGUCAAGCAGCACCAAAGACACCGUUAUUAUACUAUCAUAUUCCUAUGAUGACGAAUGUUAACAUACAUAUGGGACAAUUUCUUGAAUCAAUUAGGGAUAAAAUACCUCAAUUUGUCGGUAUAAAAUUCACUAGCUCAAACUUAGAGGAAGGAGCGCAAGCACUACGUGCCGACGAUAGAAAAUAUGUUAUUUUCCUUGGCAAUAAUCAGUUGAUAAACGCUGCAUACGCAUUAGGGAUGGAUUCCUUCAUAUUAAGCAGCAUAAACGUAUUUCCGGAACUUGUAUUGGAUAUUUUUGCUGCUUGCAAGAGUGGAGAUACGUUAAGAGCUAAAAAUUUACAAGAAAAACUUUCAAGCGUUGUAGUUGCUAUAAUGAAACAUGGUAAUCGAGUGCAGGCUAUGAAAAUAGCAAUGGCCCUUCUUACUGACAUUGACACUGGAGUAUCUCGUGCACUACCUAAAUCUGUUUUUUCCGAGAUCGUAGAAACUGAGAUAAAAGAUUUAACAAGCUUAGGAUAUCAACCAAAAAUUAAAUAUUACUGACAAUGAAAAUAUUUUCCUUCUCUACCUUAUCGUAUUUAUAUAGCAUAUAUUAUCUUUUUUACAAUAAAUUAUUCAAUCAUAAACAUAAAAUAACGUUACAGUAACACGCGCAUUUUUUAAAAAUAAAUAUCUCUAACAAUAAAUAUCUCUAACAACUCAAAAAGAUUAAUUCAUAUUGUUACAAUUUUGUCAAUUUUGUAAAUAUAUAUCAUAAAUAUAUUGUAAAUUCAUCAA